AUGUCUAUGACAGAAACGAUGGACCCGAUAGCUGACGAUGACAUUGACACAGAAACCUUGCAGGCCCAAAUCAACAUGUCCAUGUUAUUUGCAGAAGAUCUAGUCUCAUCGUGGAUAAAGCCUAUACAUAAAGCUAAUCUCAGCAAAAGCACAGUAAACGCCCAAACGUUACUCGACGAGCAACUACGUAGGCCUCCUAGACUGGGUGUUGGUGCUCCGAUACCGGAAUCUUCUACAACAGCUCGUGAUGCCGCGCGCCUAAAGCAUCACUUGAUAGGGAAAGGAGUUAAACGUGCCACUAAAGAUGACACUACGUUCCAGACGGAACAUCAUUCAGAAGACGAGGAAACAAGGGGAGGGAUGGUUAGAAAGAAAAUGAAACUUGAUCCGUUCGCGGUAAGAUCAAAGACGAAAGCGAAAAUGAGUGGAAACUCUGUCACGCAAUCAACCCAUAAGCCGAGCUCCCCGCAUCAGCAGGCGGAUGGUGAGGAUGACAAGACCGGGGGUGAUGAUUUGGAACAAGGACACAACGUUGCUUUCAUAUCGUCUUCGCUUGAAGCGAGUAACAUUAACUCGGAUUCGUCUGCGAAGAAGAGGGGGAAGAACCCAAGUAAAAACUCUGCUAUUGGCAGCGAACGAAGCACGGGCUUCCAGGAGCAGGCGAUCCCCCAUCUACAAUCUAUCACUACCCCAGAUCGAUCCGGCAAUCAGAGUCUCUCUGUUAAUUCACCUCCUGUCGGCAGCGAAUUGUCUUCCGUUUCAUUUUCGACGUCCGGUCCAUUUUCCAUGGCUGCUUCACAAACCGAGUUGAAACGGGAUGGCAAAUUGAAUACUCCGGAUACAUCGACUCGAUAUCCUCUACCACUUCGGCAUACGUCUCAACAUCUAGAAGCUCUGCGUCUAACUGUUCCGCUGCUGAACCUCCACGGUCCGCCGGACCGAGGCGAUGGAUCCGGUAAGGAUGACAACCCGGAUAGUUCCAAGAGGAAGCGCAAAAGGCGCAAAAAGAAAAGGCAUACUCUUCAAAGUUGA